AAUAGACGAGCUGCACAGAUGGCAGUGUCGGCGUUAGUGGCCGUCCACUUACUGAGUAUAUUUAUGUACAAAGGAAACUGUUUAGAACAGGGCAAAGAGAGUACGACGGAGACCCUGUCCGUCAUCGUCAACUCCGACACACACAGACAGGCAGACAUUAUACAGAUACUAGAUCCACCGAGUGUGUUGCAAGAUUCACAAAGACUGCAAAUAUCGUACCACUGCAACGACAACAACGUGUUGGGGAUAGAAGUCAUCUCAAAGACAGGGACACUGGGAAAAGUAAAACUAUUCCACAAAGCGUGGAAGUGUUCAAAAACAAAUAAAAUCAAUAAGAUAAUGACUGUAACUAUGAAAUUUCCGAGCCGAUACGCGUUUCAACCGGAUAUUUUUCAACGUAAUUAUGAAUUUUUGUCGGAGACCAAACUUCGCGUGUGGAUUUUAGAUGAGUGGCAGUGGCAAACGGCAAAACGCCAACACGACGCGUUCAUGCGAUCGCUUGUGAAGGCCAGUUAUGCUGUGGAGUAUCCACCGCCAUUUUCGAGACGAAGAAGAAAGUUUGAAACUGUGUGUGUGCCAUGGAAAACAGAGUUACUUUUUAAUAUUUCCUUAAAGUUGUUGCCAAAAUGCCCAUACGAAGAAGAUACUGUUGAAGUAAUCAGGUUCCCCGCUAUUAUGACCGGACUGUCGUACGGAAUUGUCCGAACCUUUCAGCCUUACAGAGACUCGGAACUAGAAACUGGAAGGCAGUCAAUGUUACAUAACCCAAGAAUGACCCUGUCUGUGUGGCUGUAUGUUUUGGAAUACUGCCAGAAAGGACUAUGUAGCAUCAUCGUACGAAUGAAUAAGAUCUCAAGUUAUCUGACACCGUUGAUUUUUCUUACCAAAGAUGGAAAUUUUCACAUACAAAUGACCCAGUCUAAUGGACGAGAUGUAGCAGCCAUUACCACUUUCACUGUACCUCUGCAUCAGUGGUUCAGAUUUGUCUUCAGUCUUCAUAACCAAAUGUGGAAAAUCACCUUUAAUCACGGAGUAAAUUUCAAUCAAACACAUGAAACAUCGUACCAAAGUCCUGGGCCGGUUUUUAUGGACGACACGGAUGGGUUUCUGGUCGUCGGUGGAUUUGAAGGUGUGCCCGCCUUUAAGGGAUACGUUGGUCAGACGACAUAUUACAGAAAUCAACACGUAUCGCCUAACAAGAUACCUUUUCCUAGCUCCCUGCAUCCAAUGUUUGAACUACAGCUGAAGAGACGGGAGGACAAAUGUCUCUCUUUCCUUCAGUGGACGGACGAGAGACUCGACAUCAUCAGACUUAGAAGGAAACGUGAACAAUUCAAAAGGUUGUCUUUCCAUUACUUUGCAAAUAUUAAUCAGCAAAAGAUGGAACAGGAUUCAACCAACGGUUUCUGUUCAUAUUUGGAUGCACCAGCCCCCAAAGGCUAUAAGAUUCUGGAUAAAGUGCUCCGAAGAUUCGGUUCUCAAGAUAUCAGUGAUUUAAGCAGAAAGCGAAUUGGAAUACAACUAUUUAAAGAUUUAGAAAAGAAAAUAGACGCUAGAGUGCAUCGCAUCCGGAGACUGUUACCUGGGUUGAAACAGAGCGCAUGCUUAGGGAACAACGAUGCCAUGUAUAUGGCGGCAGUCGUCCUGAACAAUGGUUUCCUCGUCAAAGCCGACGAAAUGCAGGCUUUAGCAUACUGGAUGAUGGCUGCUUUGGAUAACCACCGACUGUCAUUUCUGGCGAUCGGAAAUAAACACAAACACGGAAUGGAUACUUUACCUCUCGAUUUGGAUCAAGCAUACAUGUAUUUCAAGUUUGUAGCAGACACAACACGAGAGGACCGUGAACAACACAAAGAAACCGAUGUACUCACUGAAUCAAUACGUCUAACUGAUGACGUCAAUCUCCGAGAGCAGACAGACGAAGAUGGAGAUGUAUUUCACUGGUGGAUACACCAAGCACAGAAGGGUGUAUUUACAGCCCAACAACAUGUUGCUCGGAUGUUGUUUUGGGGAACGCAAGGUUUAAAACGCAACAUACAGGCAGCAGUUGAAUACUACAAAAUGGGUGUUGAAUCGGAAGACCCUGUAGCCAUGUACGAUUAUGGUAUAAUAUUAAUGAGGGGACAGGGGAUGAAGAAAAAUGUAACCGAGGGUCUAUCCCACAUCAGGAAAUCUGCAGAGCAGAAAAACCCUGCAGCCCUAAACGCUCUUGGGUGGUAUGCAAUGACCCAUGAUAAGAAUUUCUCGCUAGCAGCUCAAUACUUUGAAGAAUCAUAUCGCCAUGGUAACCCAGAUGCUGCUCAUCACCUUGGAUUUCUGCAUCUCCAAGGAAACUACCCAAAUAAAUCUGCUGAUCCCGAUUUAGCGUUGCAGUAUUUUAGCUAUGCGGCGGUACGAAAUCAGUUUGAUGCAGGGAUAAAUUUGGCUUAUCUUCAUCACAAGGGGACCCCGCGGUCACCACGGAGCAUACAGACAGCUGUAGAAUGGGCUAGAUUCAUUGCCGAGAAGAACCCACAUUUGGGGAUAGUAUUACGGUCUGCUCUACAUUCUUACAGAAAUGGCGAUCAUUUUCUUGCUAUGUUAUACUACAUGAUGGCUGCUGAAGCGGGGGUAGAAGUGGGAACUUUCAAUUUGGCGUGGUUGUGUGAAGAAAAUAAGGAUGGGACUUCCUCGUUCAUUGAGAAAGAUUGCCAGUGGAGAAAUUAUAAUUUGUCAACGCACAGAGAGCACCAUUUCGUGGAUUCCUACGCUUUUCUUAAAAUGGGGGAUUACUAUUGGUAUGGCUGCGAAGGACAGCGCGACGUGGAGAAGUCCGCCGAAUUUUACACCUUGGCUGCGUCCAAAGGAGACCCCCAUGGGAUAUUCAAUCUGGCUUAUAUAUUUGAGGAAGGUGUUAAAAUUUCACCACACAUUUGGCAGAAACUAAGAAUUCCAGAUUACCAACGAAGUUCCGGAUAUGAAAUUCUGUACCAUCUUUACUCAAGAUGUCGAGACUCUACUAAAACCGAGGCCUAUAUACCAUGUACAGUGUCCUUGUAUAGAGUGACCCUGACACAAAUCUGGGAGGAAUACGAAACAACAAUAAAGAUUACAAGUUUUACAGUAGUUUUGUUUGCAACCCUGGGGAGUAUAUACAGCAUGCUAUCUUACUUUUUUAGAACAAAUAGUGUACACCGACAGGCUGAUUUUGAAGAUUUUCUUUAGAAUAAAAGAAUUAAAUCAAGGAA